AUGUAUCACUUUGUAUCUGAGCAAACUUCGGAGCUACGGCUCUCUGUGGAUGCGUUGGUCACCAGCCACGUGACGCAAUAUCUCAAAAGCUUCCAGUUGGAUGCAGUACGGUUCCUUUACGAUCGUCUGGUCAAACGGGAAUUUUGCAUCCUAAACGAUGAAAGUGGACUUGGAAAAUUGGCCACGGUGGCGGCACUUCUCAGUGCCUUAGAUCCCGCCAAGAAAACCCUCAUAGUACUCCAAAACGAUGAGCAACUGCUUGCUGGUUGGCGGUUCCAUUUGGACUUACUUACAGACCUGCAGGUGUACAUAAUUCAAGGAGUCCAGGACACCACAGAUUCCCCACACAACAUUUAUCUGGCGAAGUGGAGCCAGUUACGGAGCAUUGGAGAUCUCAGUCGCCUCAAGUUCGACUACGUUAUAGUAGACAAUCGAGGGCACUCGCUGAACAACAGCUUCUGCACCUCCAUGCUGCUGAAGCAUUUCGAGGGACGCGUAAACAUGCUUAUCUCCAGUGUUGACAUUACGUCCGACGUAAAGUUGCUGUACAAUGUUUUGCGGUUGGGCGGACGGCUAGAGCAUCAGUACCGUAGCUUUCAGAGCUUCGAUCGCAAGUUUCACUUGCCAGAUCCCAAGGAAGUAUUCAGUAAGCGGAUAGAUCUCGAGGAAUACUACAAGCAGCGAGGAUUCCUCAGCGAGUACAUCAAGGAUUUUCGUAUACGUCGUUUCCGCCAUCAAUUCGACAAGAGCUUGCCACUCGUCGCUCCAGAGCAAUACAAACACAAUUUGAACCUGUGGUUGGCCUCAAAAAAUAGCCAAAGCACACUUAGUGGUUCCUCAGAGGUGUGCUCCACAAUCGCUUCCGUGGACAACAAUCCGGAUAAGCAGAACGAAACAGUACAGGCUGAAGAGACUGAUAAGUUAUCUGAGCACAGCGGGGAUGAGGUAGUUGCUAUGUCACCGCUGGUUUUUGAAUCCUCUGACUCUGACAUUGAACCCAUAACAGUGGAACCUGCAGGCGACCAAAAUCAAGUAUUAGUGGUAUCCAGUGACGAUUGUGAGAUCGUUACUCCUCCAAAUACACCGCCUAAUCGAACACCCUCUUCAAAUGAAUCGCCAAGAAUAAAAUCAAAGAGAAAAUUCCGCAAGAAAAAGUCACCUCAGAAAAAAGCUGAUCUCACUGAUUCCGAGGAGGAUGAUGAAGUUUCUGAAAUAGAGCUCAAAAAGAGAACUCGAGCGGCUACUGCUACUUUUACUCCGAAGACAAGAAAGCUUAAUGUGCGACUAUUAAGAGUUUCCAUGGAUAAUUUGAGCACACCACCUCCUUCUGUAGCCGCUCCUGCGUUUGUUACGCCCAAAACGGAGCCCUCAACCAGAAGGAAAGCGCAGAGAAAACAGCCUGUGACUGCAAUGGAUCGUCCGGCUACGCGAGGGAUGCAACGUUUAACGCGAUCUGCUGAAUCAAAAUUAAACAGCAAAUAUUUAAACUGCCACUCACUGGAUGACAUCAAGCGGAGCAAUUCGAAAAGAAUAAAGUCUGAGGGGAAUAACACGCCCAAAACUAGCAAACCCAGGCGAAAACAAGAGAACAAUGUAAAACCUGCAGACGACCAGGAAACGAAGCAGAAAAUUGUUGAAAAGCCUGCACAUGAAACUCCCAAACGAAGGGCGGGACGCCCAAGGAAAUGCAAAUCAGAACCUAACACCAUAAAUAAACCUAGUACUAAGCCGGAUCCCAAGCCCUUGCCUCCAACUCCCCAAGUGCUGAGCGGUAGUUCCUUGUCCUCAGAGUACAUGCAAUGUGCACAGCGAAUACCAGAUAAUUUGGAUAACGUAGAGUCACCCGCUUUUCGGGUGCCCUUCACUCCUCAGCAAACCCCUACGCUACUAACCUUGCCGUCUCCUUUUAAUUUACUCAACGACUCAGAGGUAGUGGUCGUUCCGGCAUCCAAAGAACAAGUUGAAACAGUGGUAAUCAACAGCUCUCAUGAUGAGAGUUCGCCGCGGGAUCCAUCGCAGAGUCGUCGCACUAAGGUUUUAAAAAGGAAACGUAAACCAGAGCCGCCUGUGAGUUCUAGUUUUGGCGGGGGCUUCGGACUGCCACCGUCCAAAAGGUCUGCCAACAAAUCUCCAGACCUGUUUAGCAUCUCCUCGGAGCUCUCACAGAUUCCUUUGGCACAACCACGACCCUCCUCUCCUUUUGAAGGCUUUAAGAUAUUCGGCUCUGAGGUGAAACAGUUCCAGCAACAGCAUGCAAUGUCAAAUAAUUUGUCGCCGAGAAAGAAUCGCGACCGAUCUUGUUUAGAUAUACUGGAGAAAAUGUUUGAGCCGCGGCAGCAGCAGCAGCAGGCUAAAACUAGUCCCAAAGUCUUGCCCACCUUGCCACAGUCUGAAAAAGAUGACGUAGCACCUGCCAUCACCCAAAGAAGAAGAACUCUUUUGGAGGAUGACUUCUUUGAAAUCACAAAUAAUGGUCAAUUUGGCAGUCGAAUGAGAUUGAACUCGUCUGGAGAGGUUUCACCCGUGCAACAAGAUCAACAGUCCGCCAGGCCAACGCAGGCCAAUAAAAUCACAAAAUACUUGAUAGGUUCUGGGAUUACCCAGGAGAAGACUCAACCUACUAGUGGAAAUCGCAGCACCAUUCUGACAUCGAUUCGGAAAUCUCCGAAAUCCCCAAAAAAUGGAGGAAAACCAACACAGGCCACUAAGCUCACGCGGUGGUUUGGGUCUGUCUUCGGAGGAGGAGCUUCACAGACCAGCUCUGUGGAAUCAGUUAGCGCGCCAAGUACACCGGUUACUCCAUCUACGAGCGCAGCAGCCUGUCAAACGCGAUCAGCAAGAAGUGGUGGAGCAGCAGGACCCACCAAAAGAAAGCGAUUGGAACUGUUCAAAUGACGAGCAGUAUAAAAAAUAAGUUAACUAAAGCCAAAACAGCAAGGCAAAGUCCUGCUUUUUGGAUAAAGCCAUAUUUUCACGAAAAUAUUUCUGAAGUUUAUAUUUGAUUAACAAAACCCGCAAUCUAAAGAAAUGUAUCGUGAAAAAAUAGCUAAAAUAUUACUAAAUCAAAAGCAAAGCAAUAGUUAACAGCAUCUAAACUUGGAAAAAAGACUCCUUUAAUAGGUUGUAAUAUCAGCAUGGUGCAACUUUAGCCGUACAUCGAUCUUGAGACAUUAACUAGCCAAUUUAGUUAAAUAUCUAUUAUUUUUUUUGCUUAUUUCGAAGAUAACUUUAAAGUUUAAACCAUCAAAUUAAAAAGACAUUGGACUUUAUCGACUAUUCAUUCAGAACGUUAUGUUAUAAGUAAUUAAUUUUGGUAAUUUUUCUAGUAAAAUUAACUUAUUAAAGCUUCGAAUUUCAUUUAUUUUUCCCACUUUUAAUUUUCUUCUCUGUGUCCUCAUUUUAUACGCCAGUAGUUAGGCGAGUUUUUAGUUAAAUUAUAACUAUGUAUACAUUCAAUAUUGUAUUUUACAAUAUUAAAGUAACGAAAUAAAUCGUUUUUUAAUGACAAAGAAAUUUUAUUAUGUUACAGAUUUUACUAUAACGAAAUAAACCAUUUUUAAUAUGAGAGUUUAGAUUCAAAAA